AGGUGCCAUAUAAUGACGUCAUUAGAAGGAGCAGGACCCCCAGCAGAUCUGAUAGCUACACCAGCUCCGAUCUAACCGAACACAGACCCAGUACAGCAGGUGUCCCGGCUCAGACUGAGCUGUGGACCUGCUCAAUAUCUCAGAGAACCAUCGGAAUCCCACACGGUUUAGGGCUGAAGCUGCAUCCGGGUGUGGAUCUGGAGACCAAAUAGGUACUGGAGAUUAAUAGGAACUAAGAAGAAUGGAGGAGAACCAAGAGAUGGCGACUGUGUUAAAGGAGGAGAACGUAGAGAUAAUGAUUGAGGUAAAGGAGGAGAACCAAGAGACAGAGAUUAAGGUGGAGAACCAAGAGAUUAAGACUGAGGAGAAUGAGGGGAGGGAGACUGAGGUGAAGGACGAGAAUCAAGAGAGGACGAUCGAGGAGAACCAAGAGAUGAAGACUGAGGAGGAGAAACCUGAAGUUAGGGCGUACGAGGCCGGAGAACCGGACCGCUGCCCUCUAGAAAGCUCAGAAUGGACCAAACCAUCCGCUCCCUCAGAUCUACAGGUCGAGUCACAGGAGUUGGAGACGCAUCGGACACAGCGAGAGAGAGAAAUGGCACAAGAAAAAAAAAAUUCAGUCAAGUCCCUUAAAGCGACACCUUUUGAGUGGAGAACUUAUCAAGAGAAGCUGGAGGUGAAGGCUCUUGGUCCUGAUAAGCCGAACAUCAAUAUUAACCAGCUGUCCAACGACAAAGGGAGACGGUACACACGGUCUUUUUCCAGGACCUGGUUUAGCAACAAGGCUUGGCUAACAGCAUGCACCGAGGCUAAUGCUUUAUUUUGCUUUCCAUGCCUCGUUUUUCAAACAUCAGGAUCUGACCCGGCAUGGAUAAAAACUGGUAUUACCGAUUUAAAACACUUUUCAGAAAGGGCAAAGAAGCAUGAACAAUCUGGUAUCCACAUGGAAAAUGCACUGCAACUAGCCAUGUUUGGGAAAAUAAACAUUUCAUCCCAGCUUGAUGAAGGAUACAUGGUAGGGAUUCGCAAACAUAAUGAGGAGGUUGACAAAAACCGCCACAUCUUAUCAAAAAUAAUAGACUGUGUCAAAUUCUAUAGUGCAUUUGAGCUUGCCUUGCAUGGCCAUGAUGAAAGUGAGAGCUCAGAAAACCCCGGUGUUUUUAGAGGAUUGGUGGAUUUUGUAGCAUCACUGGAUGCAGUUCUUCACCAGCACCUGCAGAAUGCCACUGUGUUCAAGGGAAUGUCUAAGACAGUACAGAAUGACCUCCUUGACUGCAUGCUGUCAAUUUUAAGAGAGUGCAUCCUUGAAGAAAUCAGGAGUGCAGACUUUGUCUCCAUCCAGGUUGAUGAAACAAUGGACAUUUCCACUCAGUGUCAGCUGGUGCUUGUGAUCCGCUACAUUGACAAAGCCCAUCAUGUCCAAGAACGUUUUUUUGAGUUCAUUCCCCUCCAAAGUGCCACAGCUGAUUCAAUCACCACAGCACUUCUGGAUAGCUUGAGUUCCAUUUUCCCUGAUGACCAGAGAAGCAAGCUCAUUUCCCAAGCUUACGAUGGUGCAAGUGUCAUGAGAGGUGCUACAGGUGGUGUACCGAAGAAGAUCAAGGAAGUCUAUGUGAAUGCACACUAUGUCCACUGCUAUGCUCAUAAACUUAACCUCAUCAUGCAGCAGGUGACAUCCCACAUCCCAAGAGUGAGUCAUUUCUUCUCAGACCUGGCUGGAUUAUCUGGCUUUUUUUUAAGAUCUCCAAAGAGAACCUGUGUGCUUGAUAGAGUGGUGGCUCACAGACUCCCCGGAGCAAGCACAGUGAAGUGGAACUUCAACAGCCAAAAUGUGAGCACCGUUUUUGAACAUAAAGAAGACCUGCUCCAGUGUUUUGAAACCAUCAGGGACUCAGGAGAGUUUGAUCCAACCACUGUGAGAGAAGCUGGAGGAUUUGUGAGGCUACUGGAGGAUGAUUGUUUCAGCUUCUUCCUGAAGCUGUUCCAUCAUAUCAUGACUCAUGUGGACAUUCUCUACAGUCAGCUUCAGAAGAGGACCAUCAACUCAGUCUUUUUUCAGAAGGUCAUGCAGCAGUUCACAGAUGGUAUACAAAAGAUCAGAGAUUCCCUCCCUAUGCUCUGUGGAGAACACUGUGGCAAUGUGUCUCAACUGGCCAGGAGACGCCGCACACUGGGCCCAGGUGAUCUUGAGAGGAUAGCCACAGAGAUUUGUGACACCAUAUUGGAGCAUGCAAAUCAGAGGUUUGCGUUCACAAAUCAUCUGGUCAGUGCUACACUGCUGCAUGCAGACAGAUUCCUGGAGUACCACAGGCAGUUCCCUAAUGCUGCACUAAACACCACCAUUGAGGCUUACCCACUGCUCAACAAGAACAAACUGAAAACUGAGCUGGCUCUCAUCUACAGCAAUGCUGGGUUCAGGAGGUGCAGUGGUGCUGUGGCUCUGUACCAGUUCUUCAUGAGGAACGAUCUACAGGACAUCUUCUCAGAGACUGUGGCUCUGCUGAAGAUCCUCAUCACAACUCCCAUGACCACAGCUGAAUCUGAGAGGUGCUUCUCAACACUGAAGAGGAUCAAGACCUUCCUCAGGAACACAAUGUCACAGGACCGUCUCAAUGCCCUGGCCAUGGUCUCUAUGGAGAAGAACCUUAUUAAAACCAUCCCUGACUUCAACCACAGAGUCAUUGAGAAAUUUGCUUCUCUCAAUGACAGAAUGGCAACAUUCAUGUACAAAAAAUGAACCUGUACAUGAUUACAUGAACCAUUGUUUUUUUAUGUAGUGUUUUUCAUAAUGUUGUUUUUUGUUGUUGUUUUCAUAUAAAUAUAUGUGAUAACUUAGUAUCCAUUUGAUUGGUUUUUGCUAUACGGCUAUUUUGAAUUUGUAGCCCCUGGUGAAAACUCCAUCAGCCACCUUUGCCAAAAUCACUAGAGACAAAAUUAUACAUCUCCACAAGUCUGGAAAGGGCUACAGGGAAAUUGCCAAGCAGCUUGGUGAAAAUGGUCCACUGUUGGACCAAUCAUUAGAUAAUGGAAAAAACUAAACCUAACUGUCAAUCUCCCUUGGCUGCAUGCAAGAUCUCACCUCAUGGGGUCUCAAAAGAUCCUAAAAAAGGUGAGAAAUCAGCUCCUCCUGUGUAGUUCAGCCCUAAACUACACGGGAGGAGAUGGUCAAUGACAUGCAACAGGGUUCCCGCGGGUCCUUAAAAAGUCUUAAAAGGCAUUGAAUUCUUCAAAAUAAAACUAAGGCCUUAAUUGGUAUUAAAGUGUCUUAAAUCAGUCUUUCGUAGGUCUUAAUUUU